AUGCCCGUGCGCCUCUCCGCCAGCACGCCGCCGGUCAAGGUUGCCCUCCUGGGCGCUGCCCUCCUGGCUCUGCGCCCGCGGAGCGGUGCGGGGCCCAGCCGCGCGGAGCCCCUGGCGCGCUGCCGCCCGCGGCCUGCUGCGGCGAGCUUCGUGGCCUCUCACCGGGGGCGCCCCGGCCCCGCUGCGUCCAGCCUUCGCGGCGCCCGCGGCCUGCCGGAGGGCGUCUCGGCCCGCGCGGCGGAGGGCGGCGGCCUGAAGCUCGUCGUCUGCUCGGGGAGCAGCUGCGAGGGGAGGUGCCGGGGCGCCUUCGACGCGCUGCGGUCCUUCAAGGCGCUUGCCAGCGAGGCGGGCCCAUCGGGCAUCGAAGUCGAGGAAGUCUUCUGCAUGAACAUGUGCAAGAAGGGCCCCAACGUGAGGCUUCUGCUCGGAGGCCAGAUGGUGACCAUCGACGACGUGAUGAACGAGAGGGAGCAGAAGCGAGGCGCCUUCCAGGGCGUCCUCGGUGAUCCCAAGGUGGCUGCCAUCUGGGGCCUCGCGCGGGACGUUGCCGCCGGGCGCCGGAACGGCACGCUGCGCGGGCCACCCCCCGCGGUCCGAUAG